AUGUUUCCCUCGACCUUCACUCGCGCUGCUUUCGCAGCUGGACUUCUUGUCUCUGGCGCUGUUGCGACUUACGACGCUGCCGCCAAGACGAACAUUGCUAUGUACUGGGGACAGGGAUACGAUCAGAUCCCACUGAUUGAUGUCUGCACUGACCCUAACGUCGACAUUGUCAACAUCGGCUUUCUGAAUCGAAAAGUCAUCAACUCGUUCCCUACAGUGCGAGGCGCAUACCCCGGAAGCAACCAUGCCAACGCGUGUGGUAGUGAUGUAUAUUACGAUCCGGUCUUGAAGCAGAACAGCACUCUUUACAGUUCAUGCCCCGGCAUAGAGGAGGCUAUCAAUGCUUGUCACAGGAGGGGCAAGAAGGUCAUGCUCUCCAUCGGAGGUGGCUGGCCUACGAACUACUACCUCAAGGACCAGGACGUCGCCGAAUGGACCGCCGAGUUCUUGCUCGGUGCGUACGGCAAGGUUACCCCUGAGUGGAAGGCCGCCGACAAGCCGCGCCCAUUCGGUGAUGCGUUCGUGGACGGCUUUGACAUGGACCUCGAAGCGCAAUUCUACGACAUGCCCGGAGGCGAUGAGAAAUUCAUCUACGCCAACUACGAAUUCUUCGGCAACUACGUCAAGAAAUACUCGAGCAUGCUCCUCUCUGCCGCUCCUCAGUGCAUCGUCCCUGAUGCGAGGAUCUCCCCAAUCAUGAAGAAGUUGAAGUUCGACAUGAUCUUCACUCAAUUCUACAACACUUGGGAGUGCUCUGCUGCCAAGGAAGUCGAGGACAAGAAGAACGGAAAGCCCAGCACCUUCACCUUCGACAAAUGGACAAGCGAGAUCAGAAAAUCGAUGAACCCCAGCGCUAAGUUCUACAUCGGAUUGCCUGCCGGUCCUGCUGGUCUCCCUACCCACAAGGAGCACUAUGUCUCGCCUGAAGAUGCAGACUACUUGCUUGGGUUCUACAAGACCCACCCCAACUUUGGUGGUGUUAUGCUAUGGGAAGCGACUGUCUCUGUCGAGAACCCAACAUACGGCCAAUCAUUCGGUACUUGGAUGAAGAAGUCUCUUGACGGAACGUUCAAGAAGGAUUUCCACCCUGUCGUAUCUUCCAGCACUCUGUCCUCUUCCACCGCUACCCCGACUUCGACCAAGCUGUCAUCCUCUAGCACCCCUGUCUCGUCCACGAUGGUCUCGUCCACGAUGGUCUCGUCCACGAUGGUCUCGUCUUCCACUCCCAUAUCGAGCAGCGCCAUGACUUCCAGCACCCCUGUCUCCAGCAGCAUGGUCUCCUCCAGCACUCCUACUCCCAGCACCAUGAUCACCAGCAGCAGUGCUUCAUCUUCGUCUGCCUACGUCACCUCGAGCUCGGCUUCCAGCAGCAGCUCCGUCCACGUUUCUUCCAGCUCAUCCGUGGUGGAAUCUUCUUCCGUAGCCUCCAGCUCUUCUUCCGUCCAGGAGAGCAGCUCAAUCUACAGCGAAAUGCCCACUGCCAGUGAGAGCGCCAGCUCCAUUGCUACCGUCAGCAGCACCAUGAUCGAGCCCUCGUCCAUCGCUACGAUCUCUGCAUCUGCCUCCAGCAGCGAGUCGGUCUACGUUCCUCUCCCAACUGAGACUAUCACUGCCAGUUCCAUCGAGUCUGUCAGCAGCAGCAUGAUUGAGUCCUCUUCCGUCCCCGAGAUCACGGCCACUGUCAGCGCCAGCUCGGUAUACGACACCUCCAGCACCAUCGAAUCUGCCAGUAGUAGCAUGAUUGAGUCGUCUUCCGUCCCUGAGAUCACCGCCACUGUCAGCGCCAGCUCGGUAUACGAGACUUCCAGCACCAUCGAGACCGUCUCCAGCACCCUCAUUGAGCCGUCAUCUGUCGCCACGAUCUCUGUUUCCGAGACCGCCAGCAGCUCCGUCUACGUUCCUUCCCCAAGCGAGACCUCUGCUUCCAACGAAGUGUCCUUGUCGGCCUCAAGCUCCAGCGACAUGUACCCGACUAGCGCCGUCUCUGCGACUACCCCCGGUGCUUCAAGCUCCAGCGACAUGUACCCCACUGACACUGUCUCUGCGUCCACCCCCGAGGCUGCGUCUUCUACCCCAUACGUGCCUUCCAUGGAGUACAGCAUGUCAUUCUCUGCUGUUUACCCAUCCGAAAGCCACUCGUCUGUUGUCUACUCAUCUGGUGUAUACUCCACCGCAUCGCCGAUGUACCCCACCGACACUGUCUCUGCUACAUACCCUGCUGAGAGCUCCAAGGGCUCUGUUGCAUCCAGCACUGGCCACGUGAGCGUCCCAUCGGUGACCGAGAAGCCCGAGUACCCUGAGUCUUCCAAGGUUCCCGCUGGAUCCACCACCUCAGUCGUCACAACUACCUACGUCGAUUUCUGCCCCACUGGCUUGACCACCGUCACCACCACCUACGUUGCGACCGUCUGCACCAAGUGCGCAAAGCCCACCGGCUCGACCGACGUACCUGAGGGCUGGACCACCAGCGUCUACACUGCCAGCACUAUUACCGUAACCAUCACCAAGCCCAUCGCUACCGCCACCCACAUGCCCGCAUACCCAUCCUCUGCUCCUUCCGUCGCAUACCCUGCAGACUACCCGGCUAAGCCCGUGUCCUCAGGCAAGCCUGCAUACCCUGCCGUCCCUGAGGCGUCCAUGCCCGCGUACCCUGUUGUGCCUGAGGCUUCCAAGGCUGCUGAGUACCCGGCUGUUCCUGAGGCAUCGAUGCCCGCAUACCCCAUCGCGCCUGAGGCUUCCAAGGCUGCCGAGUACCCAUCGGUUCCUGAAGCUUCCAAGGGCGCUGAGUACCCAUCUAUGCCCGAGGCCUCCAAGCCCGCAGAGUACCCUGCCAUGCCCGAGUACCCCAAGAAGCCAGUCGAGCAAGAGGCUACUAGCACCAUGUACAUGACCCUUACCAAGGUCGCAGUUCCCGCCUACACUCCUGCUCCUUAUCCAACUGCUGGAGGUGCUCCUUACGUCCCUGCCGGCCCUGCUAUGAACGGUACCAGCAUAUACGCGCCCAUGCCCACCGGCACCGGUAAGCCUGCCAUGCCUUCCGCAUACACCCCGCCUGCGGAGUUCGAGGGCGCUGCUAGCCGUGUUGGAGCUGGGUUCAUGAUGCUUGUUGGUGUUGUCGGCGCCGUUCUACUUUUCUAG